AUGGUUGUCGUUUUUGUGAUUUCCGAUCAUUUUAUCGAAAUUUUUUUAGGAAAUGUUUUAAAUUUGAAUAUUGUUCGAGGUUGUGAGAAUAUUCGCGAAUGCAAAGAGCACAAUCAAAAUUCAACAGCAAUAACUCGUCCAGUUUAUAUUGAUAAAUCCCGAAAAUAUCACGAAACAUUGGAAGUUGUUGCUUUGAAUUCGGUUGAUAAUCUGACGUCGAAUACUCACAUCACUGGUCAGUAUUUCAACUUGCUCGCAACUGGCAAACAACCUUUGCGUCCAUUUUGGCCAACUCUCGCCGCUGUUCUCAUCAUUAUAUUCUUUUUCGUAACUGGUUUGCUCGCAUGCGUCUACUCGUUACUCAGUUACGCUCUGAUUGAAGAAGAUUUUCGAAUGCGUAAUGAUGAGCGCGAGUGGUUGGCUGCGGUCGCCCGAAGACAGCAAAUCCCUAGGAGUCCGAUUGUGAUUUUUAAUGAUGACGCUUCAACAGCGACAGCAAUUGGAGCGCCUAGUCGCACUUCUGUAGACUCAACUCAAUUAUCCGAAACGGUAUGA